AUGUCGUCGAACAAUAAAACUUACAUGUCCAACGGGGAGGUCCUGUCAAGUCCUCCCCUCCCCGUCCGCAUCUCGCGCUUCUUUGAAAAUAUCUACUUCUUCCUCGGCUUGUACUUUGUGACCCUCUUCUCGUUUAUGGGUGGCGCAGUCUCGCGCGAGAUCCGUCGACCUGCGUGCGCCAAUCUACCUCACUUUACUGACGCUCAGUCCAAUUCUAGCUGGACCCAUACGCUGCUGCUCAAUCUUCACAGUUCAAUGUCUCCCAGGCUGCAAAUCGUCACGGUGCUCGGUCUCGGUGGGGAGGCGGGGGUGGCUCGAGCUCGGGAGGAGCUGGUGGUGGCGGCGGUGGACCUGGAGGGUUUGGGCCUCGCAGAAUCGGAAGGGUAG